AUGGUGGAGCAAAUCGACAAAUAAAGAGGUUCUCCAAGGAGCUAUAAUAUCCUAUUGGCUUGUGACUAUUUCUAUCCAAAUCUUGGAGGAGUUGAAAUGCACAUUUAUUAGCUAGGAUAGUGCUUGAUAGAAAGAGGACAUAAGGUGGUGGUUAUGUGUAAUAUGUACAACUAAGAAAGAGUAGGAAUAAGAUAUGUCAGCAAUGGAAUGAAGGUUUAUCAUCUGCCUUUAAUACCUUUCACUAGUUAGAAUUCAUUCUUCAAUCUCUGCAUGAUAAUGUGUAUAAUCAGAAAAAUUAUAAUAAGAGAGAACAUUGAUAUCGUGCAUGGCCAUCAGAGCACUUCUGUCCUAAAUUUACAGUCGCUCUUGCAUGGGUUAACUCUUGGCAAGAAAGUAGUAUUCACUGACCACUCUUUAUUUGGCUUUGGAGAUGCUGGAUCUAUCCAUAUCAACAAGUGCUUGAAAUGGGUGCUAUCUGAUAUUGAUGCUUGCAUUUGUGUUUCUCAUAUUAAUAAAGAGAAUCUAACACUCAGAGCUGCAAUUAACCCAAAUUAAGUCUACGUCAUUCCAAAUGCAGUAGACGCUUCGAGAUUCAAGCCUAAUCCUGGCCUUCGAUAUCCAAUUAACAGAAUCAAUAUAGUAGUGGUAUCAAGAAUGUUUUAUAGAAAAGGAGUAGAUUUGCUAGUAGACAUAAUUCCAGAGAUGAUCAGAAAGUAUCCUGAUGUUUACUUUAUCAUAGGUGGUGAUGGUCCCAAGAAAGCAAUUCUUGAGGCGAUGAUGGAUAAAUACAAUCUCGGAGAUAGAAUGGAGUUAUUAGGUAGAGUCCCUCAUGAUAAAGUAAGAGAGGUACUCUGUAGAGGACACAUUUUUUUGAAUACCUCUUUAACAGAGGCUUUUUGUAUUGCAAUCAUCGAGGCUGCUAGUUGUGGUUUAUUAUGUGUUAGCACCAAUGUAGGCGGUGUUCCAGAAGUAUUACCCCCAGAAAUGAUAUAUCUUGCCCCUGCCUCCCCUAAACCUAUGAUAGAAUAGCUAGAGAAGGCGAUAGCGCAUUAUAAGAAAAUACCUUCUAAUCUCUUUCAUGAGAAGGUGAAGAGAUUAUAUAAUUGGAGAUUUGUUGCAAAAAGAGUUGAAAGAGUUUACGAUGAUAUCGUCCAUCAACCUACCCCAACAAUUUUAAAUAGAAUGAAGAUGAGAAUAUCUCUAGGACCGAUUGCUGGAUUAUUUGCAGUACUUCUUAUGAUUUUGGACUACCUCAUGCUAUUUUUCUGGUCUUGGCUAGAUCCAGAUGAAACAAUUGAUAGAGCCAUAGAUUUUGACUAUAAGACAUACAACAAGAAUAAAGAAGCUUACGGUGAUCAUACAUUUAUUGUUGAUUCAGAAAAAAAUAGAAGAAUGCAGCAAUAAAAUAAUGAAAAACCAAAACUAGCAGAGGGUAAUCAAGCACAAAGCCAAAUUUUCUAAAAUUCAGCCUAAAAGAAGAGGAAGAAUAUCCAAAGACCAGAGUGA